AUGGCGCCAGAUGCGCCUGCUCCAAUCGAUGUUAUUAUUAAUGCGUCUCCAGGCAUAGACGACGCUUUGGCCAUCCUCGUAGCUUUGAUAUGCCCGUCCACUCGUGUGCUCGGUAUUGCCACGUCAUUCAGCCACUAUGUGGCGUGUGAAGCUGCCACACGCAACGCUCGAGGCCUGUGCAUAGCAGCAGGUCGACCAGACAUGCCUGUUGUUCAGGGCGCCACAGCACCGCUCUCGACCGUACCAAACCCAACAGGCAUCCGCUCUGUGCUUGUAGACUCCUCCCUCCUGCCGUCUCCUCCCUCCUGCCGUCUCCUCCCUCCUGCCGUCUCCUCCCUCCUGCCGUCUCCUCCCUCCUGCCGUCUCCUCCCUCCUGCCGUCUCCUCCCUCCUGCCGUCUCCUCCCUCCUGCCGUCUCCUCCCUCCUGCCGUCUCCUCCCUCCUGCCGUCUCCUCCCUCCUGCCGUCUCCUCCCUCCUGCCGUCUCCUCCCUCCUGCCGUCUCCUCCCUCCUGCCGUCUCCUCCCUCCUGCCGUCUCCUCCCUCCUGCCGUCUCCUCCCUCCUGCCGUCUCCUCCCUCCUGCCGUCUCCUCCUUCCUGCCCUUCCUCCCCGCUCCCCCACUUCCUCACCCGUGCCCCCUUUCCUCCCACCAGGCCCUUGCUCUCCGUCCCUCCUUGGCAUCUGACGUGGCGGCUAUCUGGGUGGUGGGGGAUUCCUUUUUGCCAGCCUUCUCCCACUGCCACUCGCUAGCAUCGGAGCUGGCGGCCAUCUGGGUGGCGCUUGCUCUUCGUCCCUCGCUAGCAUCCGAGCUGGCGGCUAUUUGGGUGGUGGGGGGCUCAUUCUUUGCCAGUGGGGAUGUCAACGCCGCUGCAGAAGAGAGCGUGUUUCCAGACCCCUUGGCAGCGGACCAGGUGCUGACGAGUGGUGCCAACAUUCACGUGCUGGGACUCAACGUCACCACACAAGUCAAACUCACAGACCUUGCCUCCCUGUGCACUCAAGGCACGUCAGCGUCGCCAGUAGCAGGCGAGAAUGAGAGCGAGCAUGCAGCUUCGCCCUCACCAGCAGCGUCUCUGGUGGCACGCCUGGUGAAUGCAUACAGGGACCACCACCAGCAGUCCGACCACAUGGACGGAGUCUUCCUGCACGACGCGUGUGCAGUGGCAGCGAUCAUAGCGCCCUCCCUCUUCACCUUCAAGCGAGGCAGCGUGCGUGUGGAGUGCACCGGGGUGGGGAGAGGAUGCACGCUCAUGGACUACUCGUUGAAAAACGUGCGUGUGGAGUUCACCGGGGUGGGCAAGGGAUGCACUCUCAUGGACUACUCGCUCAAGAAGUGA